UCCUCUGAACCUCUCGUUCCUCAUCUUCUUUUUUUGGUCCAAAGUUACACCCCAAAAAAUAGAAAGAAAAAAAAAAAGUUUAAACGGAAAUCAAGUGCAUACACUCAAAUUCCAGUUCUAAGCAGAGGCUAAAAAUGAGUCUGAGCUUAGCUUCUUCACCAUGGCUGUCUCGCUUUUCCCCUCCGAACACUAAAUUUCCCGACUAUUAUUCUCCAAACAACUUCACUCUCUUUUCCCUCCUUUUACGCUCUAAUCCCCUUUCUUCUCUCAAAACCAACGGCCCUUUCAAACUCAAAGCUUCCUUAAACGAAACCCAAUCAAACGGUGUCGUUAAGGAGGAGGAAACCUUCGGUUUAGACGAGGCGCUACUGAGCAGAGUCUCGGCUACUAAAGAUGCUGACGAAGCACUCGAAAUGAUCGCUCAAAGUCAGAGCGAAAGCCGUGAACAACUAAGCGGCGGUGUCGUAAGUGUUUCUGAUUGUCGUUUGAUAAUAAACGCCGCGCUUGAUAGUAACAAUGCUGACUUGGCGUUGUCUGUUUUCUACGCCAUGCGUUCCAGUUUCGACACAGGUGUGAGUGAGAAUAGGCCAUUGGUUGAUAGAUGGAAAUGGUCAAGACCCGAUGUUGGGAUUUACACUACAUUAGUUCUAGGCUUGGCUACAUUGUUAAGGGUCUCUGAUGCUCUUAAAAUGAUCGAUGAUAUUUGCCGAGUUGGAGUUUCUCCUGGUGAGGAGGUUCCUUUUGGGAAAGUUGUAAGGUGUCCCAUUUGUUCCAUUGCUGUUGGUGUUGCACAACCACAACUUGGAAUUCAGAUUGUAUGUUGUGCCAAAUGUCGCUACAAGUAUGAGCUUGUUUCUGGCAACAUAAUUAGUGUUGACUCAGAAGAAAUCAGCAUGGAGAUCCCAGCAUGGAAAAGGGGGCUAAAAUCUCUGCAAAUACUGAAACAAAGAGUUCCUGCUGCUGUUCAUUCUAUUCUGGUACAAACCCCUUCUGGUGUGGCACGUACACACAGGUUUGCUACUGAAACAGUUGAGCUUCCUGCACAAGAAGGAGAAAGGGUAACCAUUGCUUGUGCUGCUCCUUCAAAUGUUUAUAGAGAGGUCGGUCCCUUCAAGUUUAGUCCUAAGGCACCUAACUUUUACCCUGGGGAACCGAUGUGCCUGACAAACCACAAAGAUGGCAGGGAAUCGCAAUUACUAAGAGCCCCUGCAAAAGAUGGAAACACUUCCAUACUUAAGCCUCAGUUUGUCAUUCCACUACUCACUGUUCUGGCUGCUGGAGAUGCUGCCUCAGGGGUAAUAGACCCAAGCUUACCACAAUUGCUUUCAGUAGCUGCUGUAGGAUCACUUGCUGUUGGAGCAACUUUAAAUGCUGUCAUUUUUCCACAAUUAAAUCUGCUUCCUCAGAGAUCAGUGGAAACAACUGCCAUCAAACAGCAGCUGUUAUCUCAGUAUGAUGUAUUGCAGUCUCGCAUCAGGGACCUAAAAGAAGCUGCUGAAAAAGAGGUUUGGAUGCUGGCUCGCAUGUGCCAAUUGGAGAACAAAAUUUUUGCUGUAGGAGAACCUUCAUAUCGUGCCCGAAGAAGUAGAAUCAAAAGGGUGCGGGAAGGCUUGGAGAAUUCGCUCAGGGGAAGGAUUGAACUUAUUGAUAGUUUUGCAAGAAUAUCGUCAAUGAUUGAAAUCGAGGUGGAAAUGGACUCGGAUGUUCUAGCUGCUGAAGCAGCAAGCAAUGCAGAAACCAUUGCUGAGCAGAUACAACAAAUCAUGGAGCUUGAGAAUCUUGAAGAGAAAUGGAAACUCCAAGCCGAAGCAAAUGACGAGGCUGAAAGACUACUUAGUUCCCAAUCUAUACCUACUGAACAGAUUUAGAUAUCCAACCAGUAAAUAUUUGAUUCAAGCGACACUCAUUUUACAUUGUUAAGCACCAAACCUGUGGAUCGUUGUAUGCUUUCUCCCUAGGACAUUAUUUUUUUGAUUAGAUCAGACCAAAAGUCGAGGAAUCAACAUCAGGAACUAGAUGUCAGACACCGAUCCAAAUACCCUUUGAAGCAUUUCAAUCAAAUAAUUGAUGAGAUGUGGGAAGAUGGUGGCAACAAAACAUCAAUAUUCCUGGUCAUAUAUCCAAGAGCUAUUCCAACAACUUGCUGGAUAAACUUGGUUCAAGCCUUACUCUUUAUAUGUUAAAUUCCAUUUUUCUCUUGUAUUAGAUGAACUCAUGGAAUUCAUUUUGGAACUUGUAAAUUUUGCAGCAAA